AUGGCUGCCGGGACGACCAGGAAAAUAUCCGCAGCCUCCGCCAGGGCCCACACCAGAAAAUCCAAGCAGAAAUCUUCCAUUCCCUGUCUUCCUUCCGGGGUACUUAAGAAAGUCCUUGUGGUAUUCUUCAUCGGCCUUUUCGCUUGGGUCUUUCAAGCAGCUCGACCUCCUCCUCCUAAGACAUGUGGUUCUCCGAAUGGUCCUCCAGUUACAGCACCACGAAUUAAACUUAGUGAUGGUAGGCAUCUGGCCUACAAAGAGGUUGGAGUUGCAAAAGAUAAAGCAAAGUAUAAGGUAGUAUUUGUCCACGGAUUUGAUUCGUGCAGACAUGACAUGCCACCCCUUUCACAGGACACUGCUGAAACUUUAGGCAUCUAUGUUGUUGCAUUUGAUCGACCAGGUUAUGGAGAAAGUGACCCUCAUUCUAAUCGAACAUUAAGUAGCAUGGCUUCUGAUGUGGAAGAGCUUGCUGAUAAACUGGGUCUAGGUUCAAAGUUCUAUCUCGUUGGAUUUUCACUGGGCGGACAAGCACUUUGGCCAUGCAUUAAAUAUAUUCCUCAUAGAUUGGCUGGAGCUGCCCUCCUUGCCCCUGUUACCAACUAUUGGUGGCGUGGUUUUCCAUCUAACUUGUCAUCUGAAGCAUUCAAAAAAGAGUUUCUCCGGGACCAGUGGGGCCUUCGUGUUGCUCACUAUGCACCAUGGCUUACCUACUGGUGGACCACUCAAAAACUGUUCCCUCGCCAUUCAGUUGUGGUUCAAUCUCCUGAAGUUUUGUCCGCUCAAGACCUAGAAAUUGUGACUAAAUUUCGUCCAGUACGAGAGUAUGAGGCGCAGGUUAGACAACAAGGAGAAUUCGAGUCCCUCUGCCGUGACUUGAUAAUUGGCUUUGGAAACUGGGAAUUUGAACCCAUGGAUCUGGAGAAUCCAUUUCCAAACAAUGAAGGCUCUGUCCAUAUAUUCCAGGGAGAUGAAGAUAUGCUUGUACCUGCUUCAUUGCAGCGAUACAUUGCCGAGAAACUACCUUGGAUUCACUAUCAUGAGCUACCUGGUGCUGGUCACAUGUUUCCAUUAGCUGAAGGAAUGAUGGACAAUAUAGUUAAGACACUUACAAAGGGAGAGUAG